GAGUGUGAAAAUCUGGGGGCACCAAGUAGCCACACUUGGCUCCUCUAAAUUGUCAGGCAGAAAAAGGCGGAAGACUAACACAUCCACACAGCUUUAUCCAGCUUUGAGCUGGGUGCCUAGUUCCUUCUCUUGGAAGCCUAGUCCCGCCCAUGGCCCCAGUCUCACCCAGAGAAGUUUAUGAGGACUUGAUGUGGGCUGGAGUGGUCCUUAGAGGCCCAGGCUGCAGCAGGGUCCUGCAGCAGGCAAGAACGGGUGGGGUAUUGUGGACAGGAAGCGGAAGUAUGGGUCGAUAACCCCUAGCUGCAGUUGAAAGCGCCGCAGCUCACUUCUCAACACAUCAAGCCAAGAAGUGGGCACCCUGUGAGGAGGCCAGCAGACCGAUGGCUAUAUCCUGCACCCUUGGGCUCUGGAUGCUGCUGGCCCUGCCAGGAGCUCUGGGCUCUGGGGACAGCAUGGGCUCCAGCUCUGUAACCGUUGUCCUACUGCUGCUGCUGCUCCUGCUGCUCAUCACAGGCCUGGCCUUGGCCUGGUACCGCCUCAACCAUGACUCAGGGGGCUACUACCACCCAGCCCACCUGGGUACUGUACUGUGGGGCCAUACCCGCCGCCUGUUCUGGGCCAGCCCUCCAGGCCACUGGCUUCAGACCUGUUAUCAGGCGGAGUCACCAAACAACAGAGAAGGGCGAGAGGAUGUGCAGAAUGCAAAAGAUGUCAUGGAUGAAGGCAUGGAGGAGGCUGAACCCCAGGAAGAUAAGCAGCACCGAAGAGCAGGGCCCCACCCGGUACAUGUCCCAGAGCGCACUGAGGAAGCGCCUGACACUGAUGUUGAACGGGGCUCAGGAGGCAGUGCCGAGGCCCUGUUGAGUGACCUGCAUGCCUUCUCAGGCAGUGCAGCCUGGGAUGACAGCGCUGGGGCCACAGGGGCCCAGGGUCUCCACGUCACUGCACUAUAGGAGCCAGCUUGGUGUCUGUCCCAGCCCUGUUGUGGCAUCUCAUUGUAUCUCUGCUUGCCAAGCUACUACAGUGGAACACAGCUAGCUGGGACCUGGUGGUCAUCACCCCAACGCGCAUGCAGAGCACCUCAGACUGUCACCCCCCACUGGUUUCCAAGCCUGUGCAGCCUCAUCCCCUCCAGAAGGCCAUCCACGUGUACCCUGGGCAGCUAUGAAAUAAAUCCCAUCCCACCCUGC